AAAACAGGAAGAACAUUUCAAAAUGACAAGAGAAAUUAUUUAAAUAGACAUAUAUUUAAUACAACAAAAAUUGUCGAAAGUUUCCAAAUUCAAUAAACUCGCAAGAUGCACAACAACAGUUCGGAUAUGAGUUCAAAUGCCACAAUCGUCAGUGGAGAUAAUGCGGCAUUAAAAACACCUCCCACCAAAGGGUCACACAACAACAACAACAACAACAAGAGGCAACACACUCAUAGUCGAAGUCGUAGUCGGAGUCGAAGUCGAAGUCAUAGUCCUGGUGCCAUAUCCGAAAUAUUCAAAUUGAAUCCAUCGGAAUUGCCCUCAAACAGUCGUCGCGCGUUGCUGCAACAUAUGGUGGCAAGUCUGCCGAAAAUAUUGCAGAAUCGUGUGCUCGCUCUGAAGCACAAUCAACUGCAGCAGAUCAAGAUAUCGGAGCAGUUCUUUCGCGAAGUCUACGAGCUCGAGAAGCGUUUCUAUGCCCAGAGCUGCACGCUCUUCGAUGCCCGUCGCGACAUUGUCGCCGGCAAUGUGGAGCCACCGAGCAUUGAGCGCUAUUGGCACGAAGAGCCUGACGAAUUGCUCGAGGAGAUUAAGAGUAGUGAGGAUUUCAAACAGCUGGCCGAACAGCUGCCACAGCUGUCGGCGAAUGCUGUGGGUGUGCCUCGCUUUUGGCUGACAGUGUUUCGCAAUGUGGCACUCAUCUCGGAUCUGGUGCAGGAGCACGAUGAGCCGCUGCUCGAGUGUUUGCUCGAUGUGCGCAUUCGCUAUGAGCCCGACAGCUAUACGAUAUACUUUCAGUUUCAGCCCAACGAGCAUUUGCACACCUCAUCGCUGGUCCUCACCAAAAAGUAUAUUCUACGCCACGAGGCGGACAAAGAGUAUCCGUUCAUGUUCGAGGGACCGGAGAUUGUCCGCUGCGAGGGCUGUCACAUACAUUGGCGCGAUGGCUUCAAUUUGACGCUGCAGACGGUGCGACAGAAGCGUGCCCGGAAGGGUGCUCGGCACUUGGCCAAGGUGAUGCCACGCGAAUCGUUCUUUCGCUUCUUCUCACCACCACAGGCCAUGGAUCUAUCGCUGGCCGAUGAGAAGACCAAGAUGGUCUUGGGCGCCGACUUUGAGGUAGGCUACUUGCUACGCACACAGAUUGUGCCCAAGGCGAUACUCUUCUAUACCGGCGACAUUGUCGACAAUGUGAAUGACGAACUUGCUGCCACCGCGGACAAUACAUCGGCAUCGGUAUCUUCGGGAUCGGAGGGAGCUACCAAAGCAUAAUGCAUCGCGAUAGUGUAUGUUAUGUUAAUUAAAUUUAUUGUAUAAAUAACUCUAGCGCAUUUUUCGACUUCACACAACAAGGAAAGAAUAUAAACUUAUUUAAAUA